CAGGAAGUGUAGAAGGGUGCAUACUUUUAAGCUCUAUGGAGAGAAAAGCUAUACUGAUGUGUUAAAUCAUAGAGUGAAAUAAAUUAUCAGAACUUUAUCUUUUCCAUAGAUUUCCACCCUGGUACAGCAUUAUAGUGGACUAAUAAAUGCCUGCCAAAGGAAGAACCAAGCAACCGGUAACGGUUGAGCAGCACAAUGUGAAGUUGUCUAUAGCAGUUCCUACGGGCUAUAGUAUCCGGCUUGGGACCAUUCUCUUUUUAGCUUGUGGAGUAGGAUAUCUCCAUUGGUACCAUAUAUCUACUCUUUUUGAAGAAGACAGGCAUUUUUCUCACCUUUCAACACUGGAGAGAGAGAUGGCAUUUCGUACAGAAAUGGGUCUUUAUUACUCCUACUUCAAAACUAUUGUUGAGGCACCUUCACUUUGGAAUGGCUUAAACGAAAUCAUGAAUGACAGAUUAACAGAAUAUCCAUUGGUGAUCAACACAUUGAAGCGUUUCAAUGUUUACCCUGAGGUUGUUCUGGCAAGCUGUUAUCGAAUAUUCAUUAAAAUGACAGACUUCUUUAAUUACAGACCAAAACAGUGUUAUUCUGUACACCGCGGACAUGGGCUUAGUCCUGUUCUGAGCUGUGAAGGCUUGGGAGAUCCAGCAUGCUUUUAUGUCAGUUUAAUUUUUAUUUUAAAUGGCUGCAUGAUGUCACUGUUCUUCAUCUUUGGAACAUACUUAAGUGGAAGCAGACUUGGAGGAUUGGUCACAGUGGCGUGUUUUUUUUUCAAUCACGGAGAGUGUACAAGGGUGAUGUGGACACCACCUCUUCGUGAGAGUUUCUCAUAUCCAUUUUUGAUUCUUCAGAUGAUGCUUUUAAUUUCCAUUUUGAGGUCUCAAAAUGCUGACAAAAAGAUGUUAACAGCUCUUUGUGCAGCUAAUAUUUUUUUCAUGCUUCCUUGGCAAUUCGCCCAGUUUGUACUUCUAACACAGAUUUCCUGCUUGUUUGCUGCAUAUGUUUUGGGUUACAUUGACUCCAGUCUUCUGCAGAAAAUCCUUUCUUCUCAUAUGGUAUCCCUUCUGAUAUGCUUUGUAUUGAUGUUUGGAAAUGCCAUGUUACUAACUUCUUAUUAUGCUUCUUCACUGGUCGUCAUUUGGACAAUCAUUUCUUUCAAGAACAUUUUUGUGAAGUUUGCCAGAAGUCCCAUCAUCAUAUGGAUUGCAGAAGUCAUUGCCUGGUUUGCUGGAACAACCAUUAUAAAGAUACUGAUAUCCAAAAUAUUGGGAGCUGCAGAUGAUGCCCAUAUAGGCAACUUGCUGAAAUCAAAGUUCACCAAUUAUAAGGAUUUUGAUACUCUGAUGUACAGUUGUGCCGUGGAGUUUGACUUCAUGCUAAAGGAGACUCCAUUACAAUACACAACGACUUUGCUUCUUCCAGUGGUUAUUUUCAUUUUCUGUGUUGUUGGAAUUAAAACACUGUUAGGUAUGUGGUACUCAGGAAAGACAAGCCUGCAAGCUACAACAGUGGAUGGAAAUAAAAGACAAGAACUACUUCAUAAUGGGGAGGUGGUGUACCUCAACUUUCAAUUAAUUGCAUUUGCUGUAAUGGCUAUAUUAAUUAUGAGACUAAAGCUUUUCCUUACACCUCAUAUGUGCCUCAUGGCUUCUUUGGUUUCCUCAAAACAGUUGUUUGGGAGAUUUAUUAAAAAGUAUCAACAACAGCUAGCUGUGCUGGUAUUACUAACAUUGAUGGCAAUACAGGGAUCAGCCAACCUUCAAGCUCAAUGGAGUAUCAAGGGAGAGUUCAGCAACUUACCCCAAGAGGAACUGAUUGAAUGGGUCAAGGCCCACACAAACAAAGAUGCUGUGUUUGCAGGAGCCAUGCCUACUAUGGCCAGUAUAAAGUUGUCUGCUAAUCGACCCAUUGUAAACCAUCCACAUUAUGAAGAUGCAGGAUUAAGGGCAAGAACCAAAAUAGUAUAUUCAAUGUAUAGUCGAAAACCAGUUGAAGAGGUUAAACAAGGAUUGCUCAAUCUAUCAGUGAAUUAUUUUAUUUUAGAGGACUCUUGGUGUACCAGACGGACCAGGCCUGGAUGCAGUAUGCCUGAAAUUUGGGAUGUUGAAGAUCCUAAACAUGCUGGCAGAACACCAUUGUGCACCAAGCUUUCUAAAGAAACAAGGCCUCAUUUCAUCACAGUAUUUGAAAAUGAUGUCUACAAAGUUCUGAAGAUUGUGCAACAUGGACAUACAUGAUAAGAAAGUGUUUGAUGGACUUAAUUGAGCUUUUACAGCUGGUUUACAGCUGCUUUUUGUAGCAGCAACUUUUUGGUAAUGUUAUGUGUAUGGCUACAGAAGUAUUAAGCUUUUUAUUUACGAACAGAAGUAUCAGACUGCCUAUUACCAAAGCUCCAUUUUCUUUUUUAUUGAUUAUUCAUGAGAGGUCAAACACUUUUUAUAUUAAAUAGACUAGUGUUUAUGAAAAAAGUGAAAUUAUCAGUCAAAUUAUGGGUCAUUUUUCAGGGAAAGAAAACAGGAAUGUACUUUAAAUUUUAAAAUAUAUAAGUGAUAUACCAGUUCUGCAACUGUAAAUUGGAAGAAAUGUAAAACCCCCUUUAAUACAGUCUUUUUUUUUUUUUGAAAAAUUGUUAAUAGAUUUGAAGCGAGAACAGA